AUGAAGAACUCAAUCCCAUCAGACGUGUGGGAGAGAAAGAAGGCGAUGAUUGCGAAACUAUACAAAGAUGAGGAGUGGCCUCUGAAACAAGUCAUCAAGAAGAUUCGUUCGGAUGAUUUCAACCCAAGUGAAACACAACUGCGAAGCAGACUAAAGAAAUGGCGUGUUACCAAACCGUCUCGCCAGACGCGCAAGAAAUCUUCAGAUGACCAACAAGAGGCUUCGGGCAACGAUGGCAGUCAACGGGAUCAAUCCUCUUCGGUAUCGCCCAAGACCAAGUCGCGUUCUAUGCAACAAUCCAUUGCAAGUCAUGUGUCUGCCUCCGAGUCCGAAUGGUUUCUCGGCAAUGGCAUCUAUUCUCGUCAUGAAGGACCACAUGCCACGGCGUCAUUUGACGGCCGCUCCUCGACCAGCUCUCCAUCAGUGGCAGUUUUGUCGGGGUCAAAUCCCUACGAUCCGUCGCAUACGUCGCCGCUCGUAGAUGGUGCUUUACUCGACCCGUCUAUGACAUCCCCGUUCCAUGAACCUUCGUAUGCUGUCACCACUGAUUGCAUGCAACCACCGGUGUCGACAACAGCACCUGUUCAGUGGUCGAUUCCUCAAUGGUACUCCAUGGCUCUGGAAGCCGGGACCCAACAUCCGUCGAUGCCCUUCUUUACUACGGCACCUUUGAGUCCGCCGAUCGACCAUGCAUUGCAAAUGAUGCCGCAGCACUCCCAUGGGUUUUACCCUCAGUCCCCUAGAGCUUCCAGCUUUUCUACGCAACAUAUGCCUAAUUACCACGACGAUGCGAAGGCCUGGCAACGCGCCGUCUCUGUCCCAUACAUUCCUGAUGCCGCAGGCGGCCAUCCGAAAAUGGACCCCAAGGGCAGGCAGCACACCCCUCUGGAAGGGAAGACGUCGCUGCCUUCCAAAGCACCCAGCCAGCCUCCGGUUGGUCUGAUGACUCCCCCUUCCCCUUUCUACUCUAAUGGCCAGCACCCCGUUAUGUGUGCUCCUAUGUAUCAUUACCCUGGCCCAGAACCACUUGGCCCCCUAGACCUCCAAGUCAGCACACUUCCCACGCCAGCGGCCUCGCCAACCAACUACCUGAUCGAGAUCCACUCCGCAGGCACCAACUUCUUCGACCUUCUCCAAAUCCGCGGCAAGUACCAACACCAGCCGCCGCUGCCGUGGGUCGGCGGUGCCGAAUUUGCCGGAACUGUGUUGGCAGUGCCGACGUCGUCACCGUCGCCACGCUUCAAGGUCGGCGACCGCGUCUUCGGCGCCACGCAGGGUGCCUACGCCACGCACGUGCUGGCCCCCGAGGCCACGCUGCUGCCCGUGCCGAGCGGUUGGAGCUACGAGGACGCCGCCGGGCUCUUCGUGACCGCACCCACAUCGUACGGCGGCCUCGUGCAUCGUGCUAAUGUCCGCUCCGGCGACUGGGUCCUGGUGCAUGCGGCCGCGGGUGGCGUCGGGUUGGCGGCCGUGCAGAUCGCCAAGGCCAAGGGCGCGACGGUGAUUGCGACGGCGGGCACGCCUCGUAAGCGCGAGGUGGCGCGCGAGUUCGGCGCUGACUACGUCGUCGAUUAUAAGGACAAGGCGUGGCCGGAGGAAGUGAAGGCGCUGUGUGCGAAGCACCGGCAAGGGAACGGCAAGGCCGGGGUGGACAUCGUGUAUGACCCCGUGGGCAUGAUCGAGGCUAGUCUGAAGUGCGUGGCGUGGAAUGCGCGCCUCCUGGUGAUCGGGUUCGCGGCGGGUCAGAUCGAAAAGGUGGCAUUGAACCGCGUGCUGCUGAAGAACGUGAGCAUUGUGGGCUUGCAUUGGGGUCAGUAUGCCAAGUUCGAGAAGGAGACAGUGGGACCCGUAUGGCAGGGCAUCUUCGAUCUGGUGGCCAAGGGCCAAUUCCGGGGCACGGCGUUCAAGGACGAGAGUUUCGUCGGUCUGGAGAGCGUGCCCCGGGCGUUGCAGGCCCUUGGAGGUCGAGAGACAUGGGGCAAGGUAGUAGUGAAGAUUAUUGACGAUGAGGCAAAGGGCAAACUAUAA